AUGAAGAUUCCAGGCGAGGAGACAACGAAUUUUAUCACCAUUAGCCAGGCCGCUGAUUCACUAUAUUCUCUGAUUGCUAACGGGCAAUUCCGGGCCAUAUCAAUGGGUCGUGACACGUGGAAAACUCUACUUGGUACACAAAGCUCCUUGCAGUACAAUUGUAACAGAGAAGGGUUUAAUGCAGUAAGUGACGAUCCGGACAUGGCUAAAGCUAGAAUCGGUUUCCUUGCAAACAAUGGAGAAGAUGAAUGCGCUACCUGUGAUUCAAGACUAGGGUUUGGAACAGGAGGGAUUCAUGACGACUCCAACACGUGUGGAAAUGAAGUAAUCGGAAACGCUCAACCAGAUAAUGGAGAGAAGCACAUCAAAGCCAUAGGAUAUAUUUUAAUUCAGUGA